GCUAAUCUCUGUAUGAAACCUCCAUGGAACAAAACCAAUGGCCUCAGCAACAACCGCCAAACCCUAUCCCAUACUACUCUUCUCAGCAAUUUGCCUACUAUCCUCUAUAAUCUCAAAAACCUAACGCUGAAACCCUUGAAUUUCCCGCCAAAACUGUCCUUGUUCCUCCCGGGAAUGAUUCUUACGCUUCCUUGAGCUCAUACCCACAUGGGAAUGAUGCCUACGACUCCCACACCCAGGCUUCUGUGACGUACUAUCCUAAUCAGACUGUUGAUGUUGCAGCGCAGUAUUCGGACCCGAAUGCUCACAAUUCUGCAAUCAAAGUGGCAAUCCGGUUGUAUGGAGUCGACCCAGCUGCCGAUGCAGCAACUGAACUACGACUUCGAUGUGAAGAAGGGCGAUUGGGAAUAAUAAAAAUUGUUAAAAAAAUUUCAUGGUCCAUGCGUAGAAUUAAGGGUCUGCUUGGUUGGUAUUAAAGUGGAAGUAAGUAGAUUUCUGAGAAUUAGGAUGGUUUGGUUCUCCCUAUAUUGCCAAGUUUUGUUCAAAUGUCUGAUCAACUUAGAGGAGGCUUCUGUCUUCCCAAAAUAAAGUCAAGCAGAUAAGAUUUUGGCAGUUAGAUAAAUUUUGGUGGUUGGCAUUCUUGGGACUUGAGCAAUGAGAAUGUACAAGCUUCUAGAAACCUUGAUUUUGCUUACCUGCUUUUAUAAUUUAGAAAGUCAUGUUUUUUUUCUUUUCUGGUGGUUGGCUUUAUGAGGAAAGAUAGAUGCAAUCUUACUUCUGAGUUUUCUAACUCUGCAGUAUAUGUGGUCAGAUGGUUCAGUUGAGAUCUUCGUUUAUUCUAUUUGACCUGGUAUUAUUUCUCUGAAAAUAAUUUCCACUAGAUUAUUUGCAUCUCUAAAUUAAGGGGCCAAAUUCUGUCUAUAUGACACACAUACGUUGGAGUUCUAUCUUAUUAGGAGUUCGAAGUCAUGUAGCUAAUUUUGCAUGAGAAAUGGUGCUGCUUUUUAAUCCUUGUCUCAGCAUUCUUUUUUCUGAUUUGGCAGUCAUUUUUUAAGGGA